GAGCGGGGCGGAAGGUCCUCCCGGGAAAAGGCGUGCGAGCCCACAGCCCGGCUUCAAACACCGGUCCGAGUUGCUCAAGUCCUCCUGGGCUGUCUGGAAGCCCUUCGAUGUCUCUGACUUCUGACCCUGGGGUUGUGACCGACGCGGGGGGACCCGGGCCUCUGAGCCGCAGCGUGGCCCAGGGUGUGUGACUAGUAACGUCGACUAAUCACCCCCGCAAGAGGCUGAAGUGUCCGGGAAAGGUCCCGGCUUCGGAUCCUUGACGGCCGCGGAAAGGGACGCAGCCGCAGCGGCGACCAUGCGCAGGUGUGUGCUGUGGUGGGGGCUCGCCCUGCUGGGGGCCCUGCAGGCCCAGGCCGAGCCCCGCCCCCCGCAGAACCGGAUCCCGGCCCCGUCCCUGCUCAGGAUCCCCCUGCAGCCCGACUUCGAGGACGACCAGUUCCAGGGGAAGUGGUACGUGGUGGGCCUGGCGGGGAACAACGUCGACAGAAACGCUGAAAAGCAGACUAAGAUGUAUGCCACCGUCUACGACCUGGUGGACGACGGCAGCUACAACGUCACCUCCAUCCUGCAGCGGGGCAAGCACUGUGAUUUCUGGGGCAGAACCUUCGUGCCCAGCUUCCAGCCCGGCCAGUUCAACCUGGGCAACAUCCAGAACUACCCCAAGCUGCUGAGCUACACGGUGCGCGUGGUGUCCACGGACUACACCCAGACGGCCAUGGUGUUCUUCAAGAAAGUGGGCAGGGACCACAGGGAGCACUUCAAGGUCACCCUCUACGGGCGAGACAAGCUGCUGAGGCCCGAGCAGAGGGAGAAGUUCAUCCUUUUCGCCAAAUCCCUGGGUCUCAGGGACGACAACAUCGUCUUUCCGGUCCCCAUCGAUCGGUGCAUCGAUAAGUAGUAAGAGCAGGGCCAGGCUGAAGGGAGCCCGGGGCCCACCUCUGGCCCCCACCUGUCUGCCCACCCGGCCCUGUCUCCCUCCCGCCAGCCACAGCCACACGCCACCACCGUGCUCCCAGCCCCGCGCAGCCCUCGGCGCUACUCACUGCCCCCCUCGCCCCAAAAUGCUAAAUAAACAUUUGCCCCUA